AUGCCCUCGACAUUACCUUCAUAUCCGUUCGGCGCACGCAUAGGCGUCAUGAUCCUCCGACUAUUAUCGAUACUAAUUAUAUCCUCAAUAUGUGUCAAAGCUCAAGAGUCACCGUUGGCCGCCGCGCCUCAGUCCUUCUGGCAAGGUACUGACGCGCUCAACCAGGCAUUCCGGGCUGGGUUUUCGCUAUUACAAGAUAAUAUAUUGUCAAAGCGCGCGGAAGGAAUACCACUUGAAAAUAACCAACCAAAAGCGCUCAAUUUAGUUAUUGGCCAACCACAAUGCUAUGUUGCUCAGAAGGGAACCUUUGGUUUCGACAAGGAUUCGAGGAAGCCGCUCUAUAUCUCGGCAAACGCCUGCGGAAUCCCUCAUUAUGUUGGAAAAGAAAAGGAAGCGCCGUUGCCACCAAAUCUAAUUCUAUCGGUUUCCAACUCGAGUGCUGUAGGAUGCCCACUUCCGUCGGCACAACAAGCAAACGUCACACGGGUACCCUUUGAGGGAGGAGCCGCAAUGUUGCAACUCAACGUGACGGAUGAUGUUUAUAUCACAAUCUCUGCGGAUGAUCCUGGCACAGACUUUCAAGGAGUAUAUGCCUACCGAGUUGCAGCAUCAACAGACAUGUUUUACUAUUCAUAUGAAAAACCACGACCUGACGAAUUAAAGGAAUUGCUUUGGCUUGAUAGCGAUUCUAGCUCGUCACUUCUUGUUAGCCGCAACUUGACAACCGACGCCGAUCACUCUGCUGCUAUUUUGAAGGAACAACCUCCGUACGCUGUUUACGUCAACCCCGGCAACGACUCGCAUAUCUGGGGCAUGCGAUACUCUUCCUGUGGUCUGGAUCUAAACGCGAAGAUCCCCGUGACACUAGAACGCAGCAAAGAGGCCAACAGCACAGUGCAUACUGACCUGACAACGAGAGGACCAGGAGGCUUUCCGAAACAAGAGUUUUAUGUCAACGGGUUGAAUGCAAGUGCCAACUACACUGGCUUCAUGGUGAAGCUUCUCCCCAAUUCAGGCAAGCGAGACGGCCAACCUGGCGGUGGUGGCACCGUCUUUAACCCAACGUCUUUUAGUACCACCUCUAGUGCCAAUUGUAAGAUGGCUGUUGGACUUGAGUUCUGUGACCAGACCCAGUACGCCGUCCCAGGCAAUGCCUUUAAAUUCCCAAACACAACUGCCCUCAUCAAAGAGUACGACAACUAUGCCAAAGAAAUGUACAGCAACUUUGAAAAAGUCAUGAUGCAAAUCCAGUGCGAGACAACUAGCACGGAAAAGUACUCAUUGGCACGAAACUGCGACGACUGUCGCGCAGCUUACAAGAAGUGGCUCUGCACUGUAAGCAUGCCGCGCUGCGAAGAUUUUACCAGCACGAAUCCAAGGGCGAUCAUACGUAAUGCAGGACAGCCGUUUCCCGACAGAACCGUGGACCCUGCGAUUGUGAAGCUUGGGCAGGAUAACCCAGCAUUCAACGCGUCACGCAAUAGCUUCAUUGACAAGGUCAUCCAGCCAGGGCCGUACAAGGAAAUCCUGCCAUGUGCAGAGAUUUGCUACGAAGUCGUGCAGAGCUGCCCGGCCAAGAUUGGGUUUGUAUGCCCACAUCCGCAUAUGAUUGCCUUUGAUUCCAGCUAUGGCAAGCGGGAUCCUGCUAUUCCGUUGGCAUGCAACUAUCCCGGCGAGCCAAGGACGCCUAUCAGCGGCGGCAUGGUGUUGCGCUCAUGGAGUGCAUUGCUGAUUAGUGCAUAUGUUAUAAUUGUCGGAUAUUACAUGGUAUAUUAG